AUGGCAGCGCAGGGCGCCGAGAAAAACAGCAGCAAGAAGAAGACCGAGAAGAAAUUCGCCGCCCGGGAGGAAGCCAAACUGCUGGCCAGUUUUAUGGGAGUCAUGAAUGUCAUGAGGAAGCAGAAAACUUUGUGUGAUGUUAUUCUUAUGGUGCAAGACAGAAAGAUUCCAGCUCACCGGGUAGUUUUGGCAGCUGCCAGUCAUUUCUUUAACCUGAUGUUUACCACCAACAUGAUUGAGUCUAAAUCUUUCGAAGUAGAACUUAAGGAUGCAGAGCCAGACAUCAUAGAGCAGCUGGUGGAGUUUGCAUACACUGCAAGAAUUUCAGUAAAUAGCAACAAUGUACAAUCCCUUUUGGAUGCAGCUAAUCAAUACCAAAUCGAGCCUGUCAAAAGAAUGUGUGUUGACUUUCUUAAAGAGCAGGUGGAUGCAUCAAACUGCCUAGGCAUUAGUGUGCUGGCAGAAUGUCUUGAUUGCCCAGAGCUCAAAGCCACAGCAGAUGACUUUAUUCAUCAGCAUUUCACUGAAGUUUACAAGACGGACGAGUUUCUACAGCUUGAUGUGAAACGUGUCACCCACCUUUUGAACCAAGACACUCUGACCGUCCGUGCUGAAGACCAGGUUUAUGAUGCGGCUGUGCGGUGGUUGAAGUAUGAUGAACCAAAUCGACAACCAUACAUGGUAGACAUCCUUGCUAAAGUCAGAUUUCCUCUAAUCUCCAAGAACUUUCUAAGUAAGACAGUGCAGGCUGAGCCUUUGAUACAAGACAAUCCAGAAUGCCUGAAGAUGGUGAUCAGUGGAAUGCGCUAUCACCUUCUCUCUCCAGAAGAUAGGGAAGAGCUUGUUGAUGGCACAAGGCCACGGAGAAAGAAACAUGAUUAUCGGAUCGCUUUAUUUGGCGGCUCACAGCCUCAAUCCUGUAGAUACUUUAACCCAAAAGAUUAUAACUGGACAGAUAUCCGAUGUCCAUUUGAGAAGCGCAGGGAUGCAGCUUGUGUGUUCUGGGACAAUGUGGUCUAUAUUUUAGGUGGCUCUCAACUUUUUCCUAUUAAGAGAAUGGACUGCUACAAUGUUGUGAAGGACUCCUGGUACUCUAAACUGGGGCCACCAACACCCCGAGACAGCCUGGCUGCAUGUGCUGCUGAAGGCAAAAUCUACACAUCUGGGGGCUCAGAAGUAGGAAACUCUGCCCUCUACUUGUUUGAAUGUUAUGAUACCAGGACAGAAAGCUGGCACACAAAGCCCAGUAUGCUUACACAGCGCUGCAGUCAUGGGAUGGUGGAGGCUAAUGGGCUGAUCUAUGUGUGUGGAGGCAGUCUGGGAAACAACGUAUCUGGACGAGUGCUGAACUGCUGUGAGGUGUAUGAUCCAACAACCGAAACGUGGACUGAACUGUGCCCAAUGAUUGAAGCACGGAAAAACCAUGGAUUAGUCUUUGUAAAAGACAAAAUAUUUGCCAUUGGGGGACAGAAUGGUUUAGGUGGUCUGGACAGCGUUGAAUAUUACGAUAUCAAACUUAAUGAAUGGAAGAUGGUAUCUCCAAUGCCUUGGAAGGGGGUGACUGUGAAAUGUGCAGCAGUCGGCUCAGUUAUUUAUGUACUGGCUGGGUUCCAAGGAGUGGGCCGCUUAGGACAUAUACUAGAGUACAACACAGAGACAGACAAGUGGAUUGCCAACUCCAAAGUGCGAGCCUUUCCUGUGACCAGCUGUCUAAUAUGUGUUGUGUGGACACAUGCGGAGCAAAUGAAGAGACACUGGAAACAU